AUGCUGGACGCUUUUGAAAUCAUCACCACUUCUGGCGUGGUUCUGUGGUCCCGGUCGUACGCCCCGGUGGCCUCGCAUAUUGUCAACAGUCUUAUCAGCGAAGUUUUCAUAGAGGAAAAGGUCGCUCCCACAGAUGGCGCCUCGACAGCUUUCAGGAAGGAGACCUACACAUUGAAAUGGAGAAGAGCAAAGGAUUUAGGCUUGAUCUUUGUGGCUGUAUACCAGUCGCUCCUUCACCUCAGCUGGGUGGACAAACUGUUGGACAAUAUUGCUAUAAUAUUCGUGGAUCUCUACAAGGACCAACUCAAAAGCACAAGAGCGAGGAUAUAUGAGUAUCCAUUCGAUAAAUAUUUCGAUCAACAAAUUCGCGAAUUGGAGGAUACUACUGGCCCUUCUAUUGACGAGUAUACCGGCUCAUACGGUGACAUAAAGAAGAAUCCGCUGGUUGCAUCCGAUAACGGCGGUCCUCCUCCACCAUCAGACGCUUCGCUUCUCAUAGCGCAGCAACAGGCUGCGCACCCCGCGGCGGCGACUUCCAACGAAAGCUCGCCAGUCGCUACACCGCAAUCCUCCAGGCCCGGGACCCCCUCCACGAACCACCUCUUGACCGCGAAAUCCGGCCCAGCUGGUCGAGUAUCGCGACGCGCGCGCAAAGCAGCAAAUGCCAGUGCAAACGUUUCUUCGGGAGAUGAAAGUGUGCGAAAGGGAAAGACUGGGAAAGAAAAGAAGGCGCGAGUCUGGACCGCUGAAGGCCUCGCGGAUGAGGAUGAUGGUGUCAACCUGGACUACUCGGUUGCUGCUGCGGAUGAAGCAACCCCAGCGCCUGUAGUGGAAGCGGUAGCCCAGGAUACAUGGGGUCGAAAGACUGCCAAGGGACAAUUUGUGUUGAAGGAUCUCGGUGACGAGGUACACUCGAUUUUAGAAAAGGCAGAUUCUGAGAAAGCCAAAUCCGGUGGCAGUAGUGGUAUUGUCGGAUCCAGCUUCGGUGCCAUUGGAGGACUUUUCCGUAAUAUUGUGGGUGGAAAGACUUUAACAGAAGAGGAUCUCGAGAAACCAUUGAAAGCUAUGGAAGAUCAUCUUAUGAAGAAAAACGUCGCCCGUGAAGCCGCCCUACGAUUGUGCGAAGGUGUGAAACAAGAACUUGUUGGAAAGAAGACAGCAAAUUUCCAGAGCGUUGAUGCCGCUCUACGAACUGCAACGGAAGCUUCUCUACGGAAGAUCCUCACUCCUACAUCAUCUUUGGAUCUGCUGCAUGAGAUCCAAGCCGUCACAGCACCCACCGCGAAGGGGCAAACCCCGCGCCCAUAUGUCAUUUCUAUUGUCGGCGUGAACGGAGUUGGCAAGUCUACAAAUUUGAGCAAGAUUUGCUUUUUUCUGUUGCAGAACAACUAUCGCGUACUAGUAGCCGCAUGUGAUACCUUCCGAUCUGGUGCUGUUGAACAGUUGCGCGUACACGUGAGAAACUUGACCGAACUCAGCUCUCGAGAGAAUAUAGGCGAGGUUGAGCUUUACGAAAAGGGAUAUGGCAAAGAUGCUGCUAAUGUUGCCAAAGAUGCUGUUGCUUAUGGGGCUGCAAAUAAAUUCGACGUUGUAUUGAUCGAUACUGCCGGUCGUCGUCACAAUGACCAACGUCUCAUGUCCUCAUUGGAAAAAUUCGCGAAAUUUGCCAACCCGGACAAGAUCUUCAUGGUUGGCGAAGCUCUCGUUGGCACAGAUAGUGUUAUGCAGGCGCGCAAUUUCAACCAAGCGUUCGGGGCAGGACGUAAUCUCGAUGGGUUUAUCAUCAGUAAAUGUGAUACCGUGGGCGACAUGGUAGGAACGCUUGUGAGUAUGGUGCAUGCCACAGGAAUUCCAAUUGUGUUUUUGGGUGUUGGUCAACAUUAUGGUGAUUUGCGUGGUUUGAGUGUUCCCUGGGCCGUUGGACUUUUGAUGAAGUGA